AUCACUGUCGUCAACAAAUACCCGCGUUUCUCGAACAGCCCACCUUCUGUGUUUGGCGGGAUUCAAGCAGGAAGAAGACGCGAUUUCGUUAUUUGCUCGACAACAUGAAUUUUUACGGCAGAACGAGAAAGUCUGCUAUUAAUCCUCAAACGGAGCUCUACGGACAUCCUCUGCAGUUCUAUGGACAACCUCCACUUGAAAACAUCUCUCUCACAGAAUUUGAGACAUUCGCAGUGGAAAGAUUGAAACUGUUGAAGACUGUUGAGACUUUGGGCGUGAGCUACGUCAAACUCUCUGAGGUGUACAUCAAGAAAUUGGAUCAUGAGUUUAAGAACCUGAACUUUCCUUACAAAGCAGAGGCGGGUGACCGAAAAUCUCAGAGUGGGCCGAGUGAAUAUGAGAAACGCAGAAAGGACCACAUCUCCCACUUCAUUCUGAGACUCGCCUACUGCCAGACGGAGGAUCUCAGACGAUGGUUCAUACAGCAGGAGGUGGAUCUGUUCCGUUACCGCUUUAAUGACCUGCAUCCGAAACUAAAGCUAGAGUUCCUGCACAAAAAUAAUCUUCAGUAUGAUGCGAUUACUGUCGAGGAGAAGCGAGUCCUGCAGGAAAAACUUGUCAACUCCAGCUACACCGUCAGUGGAAUCACUGUGGAGAAUCACGAUUUCUACAAAGUGCCUUUUCAAGAUGCCCUGGAUCUUGUCCGAACCAGGAAAGUGUACCUAAAGGCGGGCUACGUGUACAUCCCACACCAGGAUAUUGUCACCAUUGUGCUAAAUGAUUUUCGCACAAGGCUGUCCAAAGCUCUUGCGCUGACGGCUCGCUCGCUACCGGCAGUGCAUUCUGAUGAACGGCUCCAGCCGCUCCUUAACCACCUCAGCAAUGCCUAUUUGGGACAGGACUACAGCAUCCAGAAAAAUGUUGGUAAAAUCUCCUUGGAACAAAUAGAUUCACUCUCAGCCAAGUCCUUCCCCCUCUGCAUGAGGCAGCUUCAUCAGGCCUUAAGAGAGAACCACCAUCUCCGCCACGGCGGCCGCAUGCAGUACGGCCUCUUCCUCAAAGGCAUCGGCCUCUCUCUCGAGCAGGCACUGCAGUUCUGGAGGUCGGAAUUUAUCCGAGGCAAAGUGGAUGCAGACAAGUUUGACAAAGCGUACGCUUACAGCAUCCGCCACAUGUUUGGCAAAGAAGGCAAGAGGACAGACUACACCCCCUACAGCUGCAUGAAGGUGAUUUUGUCAAACCCCCCCAGCCAAGGCGACCAUCAUGGAUGUCCAUUUCGACACAGUGACCCCGAGCUGCUGAAGCAGAAGCUUCAGUUGUACAAGGUGUCCCCCAGUGGGAUCAGUCAGAUUUUGGAGUUGGUCAAAGGGAUGCACUAUCAGCUGGCCUGCCAGAAGUACUUUGAGCUGACACACAAUGUGGAGGAUGCCAACUUCUCCCUCAAUCACCCUAACCAGUACUUUGUUGAGAGCCAGAAUGUUUUGGGGGGAGGCAAGGACAUCAAGCGAGAGAUGGACACCCCGCGGAGGUCGCAGGGCAACAACUCCGCUGCCAGAAACUCUGCUGCUACUCAAGAAAAGGCGGCGGUGAACACAAGUGAAUCGCAAGAUUGUUCCGAGAUUACGGAAGAUCUGGACUCAUACUUUCAGGAUGCCUGAUUUGCUCAUUGUUUUCUAAAUGUAGAAAGAAAUUCAUCCGUCUAGUAGCAUCGGGCUUUGAGGUCACCCUGAAGUGUACUUUAUGGUGCUUUGGUAAAAGUUGUAGUUGUGGUGAGGCCAGCUGCCUCAUUAACAAUGUCAUUGUAUUUGCUGGCACGAGUGUGGAUGAAUGGUGGCAGGAGAUUGUAUGGUUAUAUGGAAAUAAACAAUUCCCCCCAGUUGUAUUAUGCUGCCUGCCCCUGGAAUAUUGCCUCACGGUGCACAAUAUAUUCCUAGCAGAGGUGAUCUUGCUCGCAAAUUUUGUUCCUUUCCUUUCCUAGCUUAAUAAUUUGUGAAAAAUGGUGGCUGUCUAAAAGUCAAGAACCUUUUGUCCCGCAUAGAGUAGAGCUUUGUCUGUGUGUGCCGCUUUGGCAAAGCAGCCUAAUCUUGCUGUUUCAGGACAUGCUGUUUUCUGGCGCUUAUCUGCACUCUUUGCAAUUUAUUUUUUUAACACCAUUAAAAACUUGAGAUCCAAUUAGAGUCAGCCCUUAAAUGUAUGAAUACAAAUAUGAUUUGCCAAAGGAGUGUUGCCUUGAAUGGCUGAGUGUAGUUUCAUGAUUAAUUUAGGGUGUAAUUUAAUCAUUCCUGAUGGUGUUGAACAUUCAAAAUCAAGCAGCUUUUCUGCGCCAAGAUGGUAAUGGACCUAUUUGACACUGACGUUUUUACCGUCAUUAGAACAGGCUGCUCAAACUGUAGCUUGUGUUGGGUUUAACAGCCAAGCGUGGUGCUUAACGUGGAGGAUUUGUGGAUAACUGGUGCUGUCAGCGAGAGGACGUUUUGGUAGAUCACGACUCCGCUAUUAGAAAAAGCUGGCACUUGAUCUUCUCAGAAUGGAUUUGCAAUCAUUAGUCAUGACCUUCGUCAUUGGUACUGUUGCUACAUGGAGUGGGCAGAACACCUUUGCAACAUGCUGACAAGAAGGUCUUUUUGCAUCUACAUAAUACUACAGUACAGGCAAGCUGAAUUUUAAUAAAGCUGCUGUGCGUUAUAUAGCUCUCUCUGCAUCAUCUUGUUUUCCACAUUAUGUCUUAAAGCUCCGACCUCUAAAACAUGAAAAACAUAAAUUGAUUGUACGGUAUAGCCGUCUGAUUUAUCGUUUUAGAUCUUGCGUAGUGUUGUGUGGUUGAGGCGGAUUAUGAGCUUUUCCACUAGAAUUACCUGUGCUGCUCCUUAGUUUAAUUCCUGCUAUGCUGUAGACUGUAUAGUUGCCACACUGAGAGGAAAGUAUUUGCAUUUCAUGGCACGAUGUUGUUAUACACUGGCCACAACAUUAGGUACACCUAGAAACUCUAAUUCAAACGAUUGUACCUGUCGUUUGCAGCGGUGCUCCACUGCCGCGCGUAAUCAACUAAGUGCAGGGGUGUCCGAACUUCUUCAACAUGCUCAAAAAUGAUCACAUGCAAGAGCCGCUUUGAUAUUUUAUAAACCAACACAUCUAGAUAUGAUAAAAAGCAUCUCAACUUUUUGUUUAAACUUUGUUUUAUAUUUCAACUCUGUGCUACUAAAAUAACACUA